AUUUUCGUUUCCUUCUUUCUUUCUCCCACUAUGGCACAGAAGAAGAAAAUCGAUGGCGAAAACAACAAAAAAGAUGAAGGAGGAAACAACGAGAAGGAGCAAAAGCAAACCCUUACCCCUACCACUGUAGUGUUGAAGGUGGACAUGCAUUGCGACGGUUGCGCUUCCAAAAUUGUUAGGUGCCUUCGCGGUUUUGAAGCGUUGAAAUUGAACCUUCUUGUUGAAGGCGUGGAGAGUUUGAAUGCAGAGAGCGACACCGGAAAAAUUACCAUCACCGGAAAAGUGGACCCCACCAAACUCAGGGACAAGCUCGCCCACAAGAUGAAGAAGAAAGUCGACCUCAUCUCGCCCCUUCCCAACAAGAACAAGGAAAACAAUUCCCAGAAUAACAACAAAAAACACAAAGAGACACCUGUGACGACGGUGGUUCUGAAGGUGGCGCUGCACUGCCAAGGAUGCAUUGAAAGGAUUCGCAAGACUGUGUUGAAGACAAGAGGUGUUCAUGACAUGGCAAUAGACAAGGAGAAAGAGACGGUGACGGUUAAGGGCACGAUGGAUGUGAAAGCUCUGGUGGGGAAUUUAAUGGAGAGGCUUAGAAGGAAGGUUGAGGUGGUUCCUCCCAAGAAGGAGAAAGAAAGUGAGAAAGAGGGUGGAGGAGCGAAUGACGGCGCCAAGGAGAAGAAGAAGGGUGGCGGCGGCGGCGGAGGAGGAGGAGAUAAUGACAAGGGUGGUAAGGGCGGAGGUGAUGGCCUGGGGAAAAUGGAGCAGAGCAGGAUGGAGUUUUUGGCACCUACAUUUGGUUAUGGUUAUGGUUAUGGCUAUGGCUAUGGCGAUGGCUAUAACUAUGAGCCGGUCUACAUGGGGCAAUUGCAUGCACCCCAGAUGUUCAGCGACGAAAAUCCGAAUGCUUGUUCCGUUAUGUGAGGUUAUGGGCAUAUCCAUGAUUUUUUAUCAAGAUUUAAAAAGAUAUCAUUUAUUAGAGAAAAUUUUGUGCUUAGUAUAUAGGAAGGGCUUCUUGUUAUG